AUGCCAUCUGGACCGUCAAACCAAGAAUCCGAACCACUCUUACCUCUCCAUCAACCUGCUACUACCAGUAGUACACCUUCUCGAUCUCGCUUAUCCGCUCGCCGAUACAACCCACAUUCAUUAAGCUCUACAAGCAGAGAUAAAGGCAAGGGCAAAGCGACGGCUUUGAGCGAUAUUGAAGCUGGUAGGACCUCUCCAGAAAAGGAUUCAAGUGAUUUACAUUCGCCCAACGCUAGACGCAAAGGUAAAGCCAAAGCUAAGGAGGACAAGCGAGGUAGGAAUGUGACGAUUAUAUUCAGUAACGAGUCGGAGAUAACAGGUCAUGGAAAUUUGGAGUGUUGGGUCGAAGAUGGAGAGAACGUGGGGAGUCUGAAAGAGCAGAUCAAAACCCUUCGUCCAUCCUUACAAUCCCAUAACCUUCGAUUGAUCCAUUCUGGCCGAUUAUUGACGGAUGGUAUACUCUUAUUGCCUUGGCUGAGAUCGUUAGAAGAGAGAGUGAAAAGACAAGCUGCAGGUGUAGGUGGAGAUGUUGAAAAUGUACUGAAGGAAGUUGGAUUGACCGAAGAUCGGAGUGAAUCCUCCUCAUCUGACGGCGAUGAUCAUGAGGACGAUGAUGAGGGGGGCAAAAUAAGAAAAAAGGCCGGUGAGAAGAUCGUUAAUGAGAAAGUAUGGCUGCACUGUAUUGUUGGUGGGAAAGAGGAGAAAACAAGCACCAAUGAAGAAGAAGAGCCAAGUGCACCGCGCAGAAGAGGAUUUGACGUUCUUCUAGAUGCUGGACUUUCAGCGGAUGAUGUCGCUGCGAUGAGAAGGCAGUUCUACGAGAGUAGAGGGGAAGAAGUGCCGGAAGGUAUGGAGGACGGUGAUAUCAAUGACGAGCACGCUCGAGCAUUGGAAGAACAGUGGAUAGAAGGUGAUAUGACUGCUGAGACAGCUACCACUACGACCGAAGGAUUAUACUCCUCGAUCCUACACGGUUUAUUGACAGGCUUCCUAUUCCCUAUAACACCAUGGUUCUUCUUCCGCGAACCACCCCUACCCAAUUUUUUCGAUGCUGAUGCAGAAGCUAUCAACCUUUCUCGAAUCGAUCAAACGGCCAACAGGCGUACUUCAGCGGCCAGUACAAGUAAUGUCAAUCCAAUCGACAAUACGCAUGUUAGUAAUAAUGGCGAAGCGUCUGAACCCAUCACAACCACAAAUGCAUCGACGUCAACCGGUACGGACGGAAUGGCUUCAGCACAAGAUCGUUUCAUGCGCGCCGGCGGGAUUGGAAUGGGUCUAGGAGAAAUCGUGGCGAGUCAAGUAUUUGGGAAGAGGAUGCAGAUGGGUAUCCUGCUAGGUACAAUCCUUAAUAUAGCUUUUGGCGCAUUGAGAUUCCUCAACUAG